ACAUGCAACCUCCGCAUCUGUGCAACCUUGACCUUCCUCAAAUGCAGCGUACGCAAUCUUCGAUGGCGAGAACUAUCCCCAUCUUCUUCUUCCUCGCGUACAUGUGUUGUUGGACAUUAUGAGGUUGCCGAAAUUUCAGGUUGGAGUAAGCAUUUCUGGUUUGAUCUUCGCGACAACCACACCAUUCGUGGUACUCUUCAGCAUCCCGCUGGCCAUCUUCGCGGUGUUUACGACAACGGUCGCCUUUUGGGUCUUACUAUUCAGAGUGAUUGUCAUAUACAUUGAGCUUGGACUCGUACUGGUGCCGAACGCCCUCCUCUACCUUUGGCAGCAACUGAUUCCGCUGCGCCGUGCAGAGUCUCGCACGGCCGAGGGGUCCGCAUGGCUAACGCAGGAUCGCGUGGACAAGGAGACUUCGCCGAUGUCUAAGCCUCCAUCGCGUGCCAGCUCCAUCAGUUCUGGUUCGCGGAAACGGCCAAUCACGCACAGCCAAAGCUCGGUGAGCUUGUUCGAAGUUGUGACGCCUCGCGACUUCGAAGGUGUGGGCGGAUGGCGAGAACCGGAGCAUGGUGGUGACCAAGCCAUCUGGACCAACAGCCAACUCGAGGUUCCCAUUCACCGCCAUCAUCGUCGUAGUUUCACCGCGGGUAGCCGUCCAAUAGCGUACAGCAGGCAUGGCAGCCCUGAACGCGUACGGACGCCUCUGGCUUUACGCACGCCCAUCGGAGGUCGUAGAACACCAAGCGGCACUGUCAGUCCUGAAGGGUACUUCAGUCUUGGAAUCUCCACGUUUCCGGGCACCGAACGUACUUCAAAUGUAUCAUUGACCGACUACGGGAUUGAAGCAAGUGGUAGCACUACGAGCCUAAAUGGAGCAAGGGCAAUCAGACAAGGAACGCUUUGAUUGCUACAGACUAAAUCUUCCUAUGUCUUACGUUGCACA